AUGGCAGGUGUUGUUCGAAUCAAGGCAGGAGACAAUGGCACGCUUGUCGAAGAUGCGGGCGGCAAUUUCAUCGAGGAGCAUGGUGAAAUGAGCGAAAAUAAUGAAAAAAUUGGGGAUAAAAGUUUAAAAAACGGUUUCUGGAACCACGGUUGA